GUUCAGGUUUGGUGGGGUUUGGUGUCUGUUGAUUUUUUGACACUGCAUCAUGCACAACAAAAUUCGAAAAUAAUAACAAAUAUAGUUAUUAUAAUUAUAAACAAUACCGAGUGUGUGUAAUCUUAAUUGUAAAUAUGCUGGCCCUACAAGGCUAUGGAAGUAGCGAUGAAGAAGGCGGUAUAAAUUCUGAUAUUGACACGAAUAAAGAAAAAAGGGAGGUUAGGAGUGAAAAGAACUCGACAAAUACUCCCUUGAUUCCUUUACCACCUCCUGGAUCUUCUUUAGUAUCUCUAGGACUUCAAAUAUGUGCUGCUCCCGAAGUUGUGCCCACGGGUUCAGAAUUAUGCGUAAGACACAUAGAUUCGACCUCGAAAGAAGUGACACACAACCCGAAAUACGAGGAAUUAUUCGCACCCAUGGUAGGGCCAGAAAACCCGUUUCAAACUCAACAGCAACGUGCACUCAAAAAUACUCUUUCUGGAUAUGUAGAAAAGGCCCAUUUUUCGGAUUUUCAGUUUGAAAAUCAACGUCGAACUUUUACAAGCUAUGGAUAUGCAUUAGAUCCAACAGCUGACGGAAGUGUAGACGAGGGAAAAGUUCUCAUUGGUGCUAAAGAACUUGCCGAGGAGAGUGGAAUGAAAACUGUAUUUGAAAGCACAGCACUGAGGCCAGCAGAUAAAAGAAAAAGAAACAAAAAUGACAAACCUGAAGAUGUUGAAGGAUUUUUGGGUCCUUGGGGAGGCUAUGUGGACGAGAGAAGAAUUAUAAAACCGACGGAAGAAGAGGCAGCCGAAUUAGAAGAAAUUCUUGCUAAGAGAAGCAAAAGAGGGAAGGAUACGAGUGAAACGCCUGUCGAGGAACGAACCGUGUUGCACAUCAAAGACUCAACUGACUAUCAAGGUCGGUCUUUCUUGCAUGCACCGCAGGAUGUUGGGGUGAAUUUGCGAUCAGACGCUCCACCGGAACGUUGCUUCUUACCUAAAUCUCAUAUUUUCACCUGGGAGGGUAAAACACCUGGAAAGGGUAUUUCUCAAAUUAGAUGGUUUCCUCGCACAGCCCAUUUAUUACUUUCGUGCAGUAUGGAUGCGAGAGUCAAGCUCUGGGAAGUAUACAACGAGAGAAGAUGUAUUCGUACCUACUACGGACAUCGACAGGCUGUUCGUGACAUAAGUUUCGACAAUGAUGGGAAGCAGUUUCUGUCUGCUGGCUACGAUCGUUACGUCAAACUUUGGGACACUGAAACCGGAGCUUGUAUAAGUAAAUUCACCAGCCGUAAAGUUCCCUAUUGCGUCAAAUUCAAUCCUGAUCCGGACAAGCAACACUUAUUCGUUGCCGGAACUAGUGAUAAAAAGAUUAUUUGUUGGGACAUUAGGUCUGGCGAAAUAACACAGGAGUAUGACAGGCACUUGGGUGCUGUUAACACAAUCACUUUCGUGGAUGAAAAUCGCAGAUUUGUAACCACGUCCGAUGACAAGAGUCUUCGAGUUUGGGAAUGGGAUAUUCCGGUCGAUAUGAAGUAUAUUGCAGAUCCGACGAUGCAUUCAAUGCCAGCCGUUACUCUUUCACCAAACCAAAAGUGGCUCGCUUGCCAGAGCAUGGAUAACAAAAUUGUAAUUUUUUCUGCUCUGAAUCGAUUCAAAAUGAAUCGCAAGAAAACUUUCACGGGCCAUAUGGUUGCUGGUUACGCUUGCGGGCUGGACUUCUCCCCUGAUAUGAGCUAUCUCGUUUCCGGAGAUGGAGAUGGAAAAUGUUACGUGUGGGACUGGAAGACCACAAAAUUGUACAAAAAAUGGAAAGCGCAUGAUGGAGUUUGCAUCUCCGCCUUAUGGCAUCCCCACGAGCCUUCUCGACUCGCCACUGCUGGCUGGGACGGAAAAAUCAAGUAUUGGGAUUAAAAAGCUCCUUUUCACGUGUCUAUACUGUAAAUAAUAUAUAAAUAUUGAUUUUAAUUAAAAUUUUCUACAAAAUAAAAAUAAUAAGAACCUUCUUUAA